AUGGUAGAAUCCUCCAGGUAUCUUGCGGAUCUAGAUGGGCUCGAUGAUAGCGCAGGAGAGGAGGAGGUGGCGGCCGAUGGAAACUCAGAGGAGGAGAUGGACCAGGACAAGGAGUUCGACGAGGACGCGGCUGAGAUGGAUGCCACCAAGGAGCUGUCGGCGCUUACGAGGCUGUAUGGAAGCGAGAACCUGAGGCAGCACAUGGAGAGAAUCAAGCAGAGUUUGAAUCGCUCGACGCCAGCCCCCUACACGCCAGAGUACCGAGAGGACUACGAGCUCGUCUGCAAGAGCAAUGAGAUUGUUUAUGAGCUCGAGCAGGAGACUUUUGCACUGACCACAUACAUCCGUCAAGGGUACGCAAUCAGAUUCCCUGAGCUCGAAGCCCUCAUACAGAACAAUCUGGAUUAUGUCCGUACGGUGUACAAGUUGGGAAACAUCCCAGGAGGUGACGCUACGCAAGUCGACCUGUCAGGAGUCCUUCCAAGUGCCACAAUCAUGGUUGUCACUGUCACCGCAACGACGACCUCAGGAAAGGAGCUUCCUCAGGAUCAGCUGGAAAAGGUCAUGACGGCCUGCGAGCAAACCUUGAAGCUGGAGGAGAACAGACUGGAAAUUUUGGACUUUAUAGAGUCUCGCAUGAACAUUCUUGCACCUAAUCUGACGAUCAUCGUGGGCUCGAAGGUCGCCGCCACCAUGAUGGCCAUGGCUGGAGGACUGCAGGAGCUCUCCCGAAUGCCUUCCUGCAAUAUCCGCAUCAUGGGAGCGAAGCGAAAGGUUCAGAACGGAAUGUCGACAGCUGCACUUGGAGUCAGAGGAGGCAUCAUUGUUCAGAGCCCCCUCGUGUUGAACAGCCCCCAAGAAUUCCGUGAGAAAGCAGUGAAGCUGAUCAGCGCCAAGUGCGCGCUUGCAGCUCGAGUUGACGCUUCCAUCGAGUCUCCGUCCGGCGAAGUCGGAAAGAAGCUCAAGGAUCAGAUUGAAGAAUCGCUCGCAAAGGUCGCUGAGCCUCCUCCUCAGAAGCGCCACAAGGCUCUCCCUGUGCCAGACGAGAAGCCCAAGAAGAGACGAGGAGGGAAGCGAGCCAGGGCGAUCAAGGAGAAGUAUGCUACUACAGAGCUGAUGAAGCAGGCCAAUCGCAUGCAGUUUGGAGUGCAGGAGGAAGAAGUUUUUGGAGGAACAGACGAGACGAUGGGACUCGGAUCGCUCGGAAAGUUGGCGCACAGCGGGAAGCUGAGGAUACAGAAGAAGGAGGUCAAGCUUCUCAAUCAGAAGGCGAGGGAGAGGAACGGGUUGACGUCGGCAGUCAAGGGCAUGGUGUUCCAAGCCAUGGCGAGCGAUGGCACAGGAACUGUCACUCCGUUGGCCUCUAGCAAGGCCUUCAUGAACAAGGCGGCGAGCAAAUACUUCGAGGGUCAAGACUUCUUCAAGAAGUCCGGCAAGGACGACAAGGAGCUCAUGCCGCCCCCGCUACCAAAGAAGAAAUGA